CGUUGCCGUUAUUCGCAUCGGAAUCACUUCCUCGGCGGGCAGCUUCCCGAUACCAAAAGCUCAACGAUGGGGGACAGUGUCGAGGACUCAGCCGUGAACGACUUCCUUCAGAUUCUCGAGGAGCACCGAAAGAACUGCGAGAAGCAGGGCAAAUACGUGGAGGCUGAAAUUGCCAAGAACCGCCUGGACGAGCUCAAGGUCCAUGAAGAGAAUCGGCGAAAGGAAGCGAUGCGGUCGCGGCAGAUCGCAGAGCGCCUCGGCGUUGAAGAGGCACACAUGCUCGAGUUCCAGCAGUUUAAUUUGGUCUGGGACCGCAAGAUGGAAGAGUACGAACGGAAUGUGGACGAGCUCGUAGCAUCGAUGCGGGAGCGCCACCAAGGCGAGUUGCUCGACUUUCAGCAGAAAUUGCUCGAGAAACAAACGAAACCCAAGUUUUCUAAAGAGCUUCUGAACCUGCGCAAGAUCGAGGAGCACCUGGCCCGGCAAAAGGACUACGCCGAAGCCCACAAAAUGAAACUAAAAUCGGAUGCGCUCGAAGCGUGGGAGAUGGAAAAGUGGCGGAACUCCAAGCAGCAGGAGAUGUUUCAGAGAGAAAUCAAGUUCAAGCAGCGCCAGCGCCAGGAACUAGAAGCCCUCCAGAAACGGAUCCAAUCCGGUCGUGAAGAACAGAAGAAGCAGCGCCAGCUCGAUCUCGAGCGCCUCUUGCAGCGCUAUCAGAACGUCAAAGCUGAACUGCAACAGCAGCAAAACUUGGAGCGCAUUCGUAUCGAGAAGUUCUCCCUCACGGCAACCCAGCGCGUGACUAUGAAGGUGUAAGGCGGCGCCACGAACAGAGAGCAGGCACCCAAGGGCGUGUGCUUGAGACCAGACAACGCCACUAGUACCACCAACCAGCGUAUAUAUAUAGCGUUCAUGUAACAGCUUCCCUUGUGUCAUCGAUUGUCACUGCACGCGUGCUGUCGCGGAGUCCAUGACGUUAGUCCCGCCGCACACUCUUGAACGCUUUCUUGUUCUGGAUGAACAUGUAUGCCAGUGGAACGACCACACCGCUCAUCAUGAUCAAGAAGCCGACCCAGUACGAGCUUGAGAAGUAGCUCACAUUCGCGAGGCCGCCGCCGCGAGGACCUUGCGCUUCAUCGUCGGUCAUCGUCAAGUGCAGUUGGAGUGAUGUUUAAAGAAUUGGGAUUGGGUGUUUAAAAC